GAUAAAAGACUUCGUCAAUAUCAUAGUAGAGACAGUAGAGGAGGUAGUUUAUCUGCCACUCUUUGAUAUCUCCGCCAUCAAAACCUUAAUUCUAACGGCCUUCUUCUCCAAAACCCCCUCACAAAAAAUCACUCGCAAUUUUCGAUCUAUUUCUUCACAAUCAAAAUGCAGUCGUCUCUAUCUCUUCAAUCAUCUUCCCCAAUCUCAACCAGAUCAAGUCACACCUUCGAUUUCCCCUCAGUUUCAGCUAAACCUCUCAAUCUCAAUGUCAAUCUUCGAUUCUGUGGACUCCGGAAGGAAGCUCUGAGUUUCUCCGUCAACUCGCGCCGGGUUCAGCUGCCGUGUCGCCGAGUUCCGAGUUCUAUCUCCGCGGCUUUGUCCACCAAUGGCAGCUCUCCUAAGACCUUUGAUUAUGAUCUCCUUAUUAUUGGUGCUGGUGUUGGUGGCCAUGGCGCCGCUCUCCACGCCGUCGAGAAGGGUCUUAAAACUGCGAUCAUUGAAGGAGAUGUGAUGGGAGGAACUUGUGUGAACAGAGGUUGUGUCCCUUCUAAAGCACUGCUGGCUGUGAGUGGGAGGAUGCGUGAGCUUCAAAAUGAACAACACUUGAAAUCCUUUGGAAUACAGGUUGGAGCUGCUAAUUAUGAUAGACAAGGAGUAGCUGAUCAUGCGAGCAAUCUCGCUUCAAAAAUUCGUGGUAAUUUGACUAAUUCACUUAAAGCACUUGGCGUGGAUAUAUUGACAGGCUUUGGUACAAUUCUGGGCCCGCAAAAAGUACAAUUUGGUAAAGAUAACAUUGUUACUGCAAAGGAUAUAAUCAUUGCAACUGGUUCAGUUCCUUUUGUUCCUAGAGGCAUCGAAGUUGAUGGAAAGACUGUUAUUACCAGUGACCAUGCACUAAAAUUAGAGUCUGUGCCCGACUGGAUAGCAAUUGUGGGGAGUGGCUACAUUGGUCUUGAGUUCAGUGAUGUCUAUACAGCCCUUGGAAGCGAGGUCACAUUCAUAGAAGCUCUAGAUCAGCUUAUGCCUGGAUUUGACCCAGAGGUUUCCAAAUUGGCCCAAAGAAUACUGAUUAAUCCAAGAAAAAUUGAUUAUCAUACCGGAGUUUUUGCAACUAAGAUCACUCCGGCAAAGGAUGGCAAACCAGUCACUAUAGAGCUUACUGAUGCCAAGACCAAGGAACACAAGGAUACUUUGGAGGUUGAUGCUGCACUGAUUGCAACUGGAAGAGCACCAUACACCCAGGGUCUUGGUUUAGAAAGCAUCAAUGUUGUUACUCAAAGAGGUUUUGUUCCUGUUGAUGACCGCAUGCGAGUUAUUGAUGCAAAUGGCAAGCUAGUACCUAACUUGUAUUGCAUUGGUGAUGCUAAUGGUAAAAUGAUGUUGGCUCAUGCAGCUAGUGCUCAAGGAAUCUCAGUUGUUGAACAAGUCACUGGAAGAGAUCAUGUUCUCAAUCAUUUAAGUAUUCCAGCUGCAUGUUUCACUCAUCCUGAGAUUAGCAUGGUUGGAUUAACGGAGCCCCAAGCAAGGGAGAAAGCUGAAAAGGAGGGAUUUCCAGUAAGUGUCGCAAAGACUAGUUUCAAAGCCAACUCAAAGGCACUGGCAGAAAAUGAAGCAGAAGGAAUUGCUAAGUUGAUAUACAGACCUGACAAUGGGGAGAUCCUUGGAGUUCAUAUAUUUGGAUUGCAUGCAGCAGACCUCAUUCAUGAAGCAUCCAAUGCAAUCGCAAUGGGCACCCCUAUACAGGACUUAAAGCUUGCAGUUCAUGCACACCCAACACUGUCUGAAGUACUAGAUGAGCUAUAUAAAGCAGCUAAGGUUAAUGUUCAAGUUUCUAGUCCAGUAAAAGAGCCCGUUGCAGUCUAAAGCUGUGACAGUAGUAUUCUGCCAUAGAAUUUUGAAGACAUUUAAUUGCAUGAGAAGAUUGAGAACUGUUGAAAGAAUGUACCCAAUCUUGAUUGACAGCUUUCCACUCCAGCAGUAUGGCAAUGAAAACAGCCUUCCAGGCUCCAGCAGUAUGGUUGCAAGUUUCUGCGUGUGGUUAGAUCAGGGGUUUCAGUUUACUCAAUCUCUUGCAAUAAUACUUGCAUUCAAACUAGUUUUGAGCUCGUAAGGAAAUUCAUAGAUACUUUAUGCUUCAGGAUAUAGCUUUGCAUGUUGUAAAAUGGGUGAUUAAAUAUCAUCGAAAAGUUUAGUUCAUCUUUUUUGUAACAAAAGCUUUCAUAGGUCACGUGUGCAACAGGUUAAUGUUUCGCUUCUGAUAUUUACAUUUCAUUUUUAUUUUA